AUGUUCUCCUCGGCGUUCAAGUCCAUCUCGGCCACGAACAUUACCGGAAACUACACCAUCUCUUCGAAUCCGACUUCGACGGCUGGUCCCUGGAAGAUUUACGAUGCAAAGAAAAAGUCGACGGGCAAGUCGUACAGUGUCUUUGUCUUUGACAAAAAGUCACUAGACAGCCAUGGCAGCGCGUUGGGUCGCUCCGGAGCGGCUUCGUUCAAAAAGACGGUAGAGGAGGUUGUCGAGCGGUUGCGAAAAGAGGCGUCGAGUCUGGCCAAGCUCAGACAUCCCAGUAUCUUGGAGUUGGUGGAGCCUGUUGAAGACACAAGAGGAGGCGGCUUGCAAUUUGUCACCGAAGCCGUGACAGCAUCAUUGUCGAGCGUGCUACACGAAAAGGACGAACAUGAAAGGGCUGGGCCCGGCGGAAGGUCGAGUCGAUUUGUGACUGAGGACUCGGAUGGAGUAAAGCGACGGAGAGAGCUCGAGAUUGACGAGUUGGAGAUCCAAAAAGGGCUCCUCCAAAUCAGCAAGGCACUGGAGUUUCUUCACGAAAAUGCUGGCCUCUCUGACUGGAAGAUAAGCGGACUCGCCUUUUGCAGCCCCCCUGAUGGCUCCGACAAGCCCACGUCGAUUCAAGGAAUUAGUCUGUACGAGGUCUUGAACAUGGAUCCCCGAUUACCAAAGGCCGUCCAACUCAACCUCGACUAUACCUCGCCCGAUUUCGUCGUCGAUAGCAACCUCAACUCUUCGGCUGACAUGUUUUCGCUUGGACUCUUGUCGGUCGCCUUAUACAACUCUCCUCACGCAUCUCCUCUCGAAUGCCACGGCAGCUUGUCCACAUACAAGCGACUGUUUUCGUCGUCUUCAAGUGUCCCGUCCGUUACAAACAACUACCUCUCAUCUCGACCCCUCCCCCGAGAACUCUCUCACGAUGUCCUUCCCCGACUGAUCACAAGACGGCCUGCUCAGAGAAUGACUGCGCGAGAAUUCCAGCAGAGCGAGUAUUUCGACAAUGUCCUGGUCUCUACAAUCCGUUUCCUUGAUUCGUUCCCUGCCAAGACUGCCAACGAAAAAGCUCAGUUCAUGCGGGGUCUCAACAAGGUGCUACCCUCGUUUCCCAAGUCGGUCAUGGAAAAGAAGAUUCUGCCGGCCUUGAUCGAGGAACUCAAGGACCGGGAGCUUCUCUCACUCAUCCUGCAAAAUGUGUUCAAAAUUCUAGACUUGCUUCCGUCUGCUAGACGUGCUUUUGGAGAAAAGGUCCGACCAUCACUGAGGGAAAUAUUCGUCAUCAAUGCCAAGCAGCAAGAAAAGGACCCAGCCAGAGAUGCAGGACUAAUGGUUUUCCUUGAAAACAUUUCCUCCAUCUCCAGCAACUGUUCAGGAAAGGAGUUUAAAGAUGCUGACCAUUUAGAUAUGCUCCCUGUCAUCAUGGCGGCCAUUGAAUGCCCGACUCAUUCGAUUGUCGAUGCGGCCCUGCGAAGUCUACCAGUUGUCUUGCCAGUUCUCGAUUUUAGCACCAUUAAGAACGAACUCUUUCCUGUGAUAGCAGCUGUCUUUAGCAAGACAAACAGUCUUGCCAUCAAGGUUCGAGGUCUUCGAGCCUUUGUCAUUCUAUGCGGUGGCACAAGCGGCGAAGAUGACGGUCUCAAUGGGGUGAGCAAGACUUCAUCGUCUAGCGCUCUUGACAAGUACACAAUGCAGGAAAAGAUUGUACCUCUGAUCAAAGCCAUCAAGACAAAAGAGCCGGCAGUCAUGAUAGCCGCCUUGGACGUGCUCCGGAUUGUAGGAGGAGUUGCUGACGCCGACUUUGUUGCUAUGGACCUUUUGCCAAUCCUCUGGAGCAUGAGUCUGGGACCUCUUCUGAACCUGAAACAAUUCCAGUCUUUCAUGGAGCUCAUCAAGAGUCUGUCGCGGCGAGUCGAGGAUGAGCAGACUCGCAAGCUGCAAGAACUGGGCGGAACAACCACAACGCCCAGUGAGGAUUUCAUGGCAUUUGGUGGUGUCACAGGCACAACCUUUGAGCCCACGUCUGAGAAUGACUUUGAGGCUCUCGUCAAGGGACGUCCAUCCACCACCAGUGCCCCUGAAGAGAAGAAGCCCAGCACCCCUCAACCGCCAACGUUUGCUUGGUCAACACCUCCACCAACAAACAACCCGACAAAACCUCCGCAGAAGUCUUUCCGGACAGUGACCCCAGACCUCGGUCGCUUCGAGGCUAUGACACCCCUCAGCCAUCGACCUUUUCUCCUCCUCCUCAGUCGACAUUCUCAGCGCCUCCACAAUCAACAACACUCUGUCGGCACCCAUGAAUUCACUAUCCAUGAACUCGAUGACACCCAUGCAGCCCUCCCGAAGUCCAUCGUUCACUCUUCCUCCGCCUCCUGGGAAUGCUGCGCCCGCCCUCGCUCAGCAGACUUGGAGCGCCCCUUCGAGUCAGAGCAUGGGGUCAGGUCAGACAGGGCAGACAGGGCAGACAGGGCAAAAGUCAGGAUUGGACAAGUAUGA